GGUGACAUAUGAAACAGACACCAGCGCGAGGGGGAAACGUCACAUUACUUCGACCCUCCAUCACGCUGGGAUCUCUUUUUGAUUGGGGGGCUGUGGAGGCAGUGGUCUACGGACAAAUUUAGAUGCCGCUGGAGAGAGGGCGGAGUGAUCGCUCUCCUGCACAAGACCCACGUAAACGGGAGUUCGCACUCGGACCUACAGCCACACUGAGAGAGCCACAACGGAGAUGUUCCAGAGCGCCCGUUCACUACGCGGAUUCUGCUCACACACUCCCCAUCAGUUUUAAGGAUAUUACUUUGUUUCUUUCUCUCCGGGAACAAGGCUCCGACCUUUUAGACGAAUUUUUGUUCUUGGUUAUUCUUGUGUAGUACACAUGCCUUUUUCGACCAUUACGACGAGAAUUGGGUCAUGAUCACAUCGCCCACAAUCUCUGUCCUGAGAAAUAGCACCAAUCCAGCGUGGGAGAGCGGCUUCUCGGGGGAGAAGGGAGCAGUGAAGACCAGCCAACUAUCUGUCCGCAACUCCGUCUCUCCCACAGACCCUUCUCGCCAAGCCAGUCGUCUUCCCAUAAAGAUUUUGAAAAUGCUCACGGCCCGGGCAGGACACAUUUUACACCCGGAGUAUCUUCAGCCUCUACCGUCCACUCCUGUCAGUCCCAUCGAGCUGGAUGCCAAGAAGAGUCCGCUGGCCCUUUUGGCACAAACAUGCUCGCAGAUCGGCAAACCGGACCCGCCGUCCUCCUCCAAGCUUUCUUCUGUUGCUUCAAACGGAUCUAGUGACAAGGAAUCCAAAUCUGGCCCGUUGAAAAUGAGCGACAUCGGAGCCGACGACAAAUCCAGCUUCAAACCUUACUCGAAAUCGUCAGAGAAGAAGGACUCGAGCGGCACUCUCAAUGGAGAUAAAAGCAGUUUUCGAGUGACUAGCGCCACCUGCCAGCCGUUCACCCCCAGGACAGGCAGCCCCAGCUCCUGCACCUCCGUGUCUCCACUGCCGUCCGAGGGCAAGGCGGGGGACAAGGAGGAAAAGAAGGAGUCUGACAGCAAUAAAAGCAGCACAACAGACGGCAGUGGUAGCCAAAGAAUAAAUGGAAUUACGUCUGACGGCAACCAACACCAAGAAAACUCACCCGCUUCAAAAAGUGGGACGUCAGAUUCUAUAUCUGUGACUUCCUCCACCUCCACUGUUCUCGGCUCCGGACUGGUGGCGCCCGUCUCUCCCUACAAACCCGGUCAUACGGUUUUCCCGCUGCAAUCCGCUGGUAUUUCUUACCCGGGGAGUUUAGCGGGGGCGUACGCCGGCUACCCCCAGCCGUUUCUGCCACACGGAAUGACCCUUGACCCCACCAAAUCUAGCAGCCAACUUUUGAGCGCGCAGUUUGCCAGUUCCCUGGCAUGCAGUAAGGCCGGGACGAGCCCUCUGGCCGGGGCGUCGCCCCCGUCCCUGAUGUCUGCCAGUCUGUGUCGAGACCCGUACUGCUUGAGCUACCACUGCACCAGCCAUUUGUCCGGCGCCUCCAGCGCCAACUGCGCACAUGACUCUGCCGCGGCCGCCGCCGCCGCCUCGGCGCUCAAGUCCGGAUACCCACUCAUGUACCCGGCGCACCACUUACACGGGGUGCCCACCUCCGCCCCGUCGUUUAGCGGACACCCCCUGUACCCCUACGGGUUCAUGUUGCCCAACGACCCCCUGCCGCACGUCUGCAACUGGGUGUCGGCGAACGGACCUUGCGAUAAGAGAUUUUCCUCCUCUGAAGAGCUCCUCGGCCACUUGCGGACUCACACGGCCUUCGCCGGCACGGAGAAGUUGAUAUCCGGUUAUCCGGGGUCCACCUCUCUCGCCAACGCUGCUGCCGCGGCUGCCAUGGCCUGCCACAUGCAUAUGCCCCCCAACGGCAGCCCGGGCAGCCCCGGCACGCUGGCCCUCAGGGGCCCUCACCACCCCCUCGGACUCAGCAGCCGCUAUCACCCGUAUUCAAAGAGCCCACUGCCCACCCCCGGGGCUCCGGUCCCAGUGCCGGCAGCCACCGGGCCUUAUUACUCCCCGUACGCCUUGUAUGGACAAAGACUGACUACGGCCUCGGCCUUAGGAUACCAAUAGAGACAAAGAAUUAUACAUUUAUAAAGGAGAUUAAAGCCCAUUGAGUUUUAUAUUGUAUUUCAUGCAGGGAGUGGAUCCAUGUGGGGAUCACUGUAUUUAUUUGCGAUAGCUUCAAGCGUGAGUAAAAUAAACAAUUAUUAUAACAUACAUUUCAAAUGCCUCGAUGUCCAUUAUUGUUAUUUACACGGGGAUGGUUGUGCAUUUCUUUGCUCCAUUUGAGCUGGUUUGAAUGAGCACAAAUAUGGAUUUUACUGUGUCCUUGAUC